UUCCUGUAAAAUUAAAAAAAAAAAACAGAAAUACAAACGGGCGCUGAUUUGCGUCCAGGAUACUCUAAUGUAACAAAUCCUGCCCGGCAAAGUGCUCUUUCUCCCCUUUUGAGCCACUGGCCACCAAAAAGGUCUCUUGCACGUCUCUUCUCUGCGGCGCGUCCCCGCCCUCUCCGCGCCUGCCCUGGAGGCUGACGCGUGAGCGCGCGUUCGUGUUCCCCGAACCGGUCCUUGAAUUCAAACGGCGCUCGUUCCCCUCUGACUCGCGCGCGCACACGCUGGUUCUUCCUCUCCCAGGGAUAUCGUCUAACACGCAGACACCGGGCACAAUAAGAAACGCGCUGAGCGAACAGGGCGGCCUCUCCUCCCCGAUUUUGGCUUCUUCAGAGCUUAGUAACAGGGACUUAGAAACGCACCUGCGCGUAGAGGCGAUGGGGCAGGAAACACGGGACAACGGGAGACUUCCAGGUGUACAUGAAUCCUAAAAUAGACGUGUGGCGAGUGACAUACGCACAAAAACAUCUCAUUAGUAAUGAGAUGGCAAAUAAUAUGCAAAAAUAUGCCGCGAGGGACGUGCAGGGUGUUUUGAAUUUUGCACGAACAAUGUUGUGCCAUGAAGAGAUACUGUAGGUUGUGCACUGGAAGUUGGCUGUUGGGGGUUUCAUCUUCACGUUUCGUCUUCAAACGUUUUAUAGACACCUCAUGCAGUGCAGCGGAGCAGACCGGUGAGACUAAAAUCCGCAGAGCCCGCCGAUUUUCUUACACCUCGCUGUCACAUGAACUCUUUGGACGCAGAACCUGCAUCCUAAAGCCCUUUUCGUUCACAGCUUUCAACUGCACGGUACAGUAUGGAAGAUAUGCGUUGCAGGACUAGUCAGCGCCCGUCGAAGCGUUUUUCGUCGUUCCGUUCAAGUCUUGGUAUAAGAGUAAAUAAACUGAGUACUGUCUCUGGAGCACUUAACCCAAUGGGAACGCGCGCUGGAAAACUGCAUUACCCGGUGUCAGGAAGAGAGAACAAGUCAGUGUCGUCCCGAUGAGAUCUUGACUCCCACCAAGACUCCUGCUGAGAAUCAGGGAUUUUGACUGGAGAUCUGCCCCUAUGGAAAGGCUCGUCUUGCCUGUGGCCGUGUUGGUGAAGACCACUGAGAGGUACACUUUGUGUGUGUGUGUGCGAUGCGCGAAUGCCGGUGUCGUUUGCUUACGCCUACAAUCGCAGCAAACCUCGCUGCGCCUGCAGCCGCACGUGGUUUCCGGCGGGGGGGUGACGGGGGGCGGCGGCAGGUCUGAGGAUCACGGUCUCGGCGAGCGAGGAUGGCGCUCUUCGGGACACUCAGCUCAAAGCGCUUUACAGGUGAUGAGGACUCCCCUCCACCACCAUCACUGUGCAGCCCCUUUCUCCUUGAAAACAGAGAAAGAUGAAGUCGUUUUGCCAUAAACUUCAAAGAAGCUUUUUCUAAGAAUCACAGUUUGUACAGACACGUGUUAGAGCAGACUGUGAGGAGUAGAGGGAGAGGGUGGAAGAUCUGCUGGGCUGUAGCACCGUCCAGUUUCUACGUCACCAUCCACUUGGACGAGCCUUUCCCAAAGAUUCUCUUCCCUCUCAUCCCUUGGAGUUCGGUGUUUCUCUCUCUCUCUCGCUCGCUGAUCGUCUGCGGGCAGGAAGUCUGAAUGCGCUGCAGUGAGGUUUGAGAGAACCUCGUUUGCAAACUGCGUUCACGGGGGGGAGCUCUGGGGGCAGAAAGAGAGGCGGAUAAAGAGGACAAGAGCGGGAGAAGGAGACGGGCCAAAGACCCCCGGAGGUUUUCGGGAUAGGCGGGCGCAGCGGAGCACUUGAGUCAACAGAAAUGCUGAAAGCAAGUACCCAUAGGACAGAUUAGAAAAAAAAAGCUUUGCAACUCUUUGAAAAAAAAAAUGGGAAUUGUUUGUGGCAUAUACUGGACAUGGAAAGGUUUGUGAUCAAGAAAAGGAGCUAAAACUUAAUUCGGGAUGUCCCUGCUUCUUUAACGUACCAAUACGUCUGUGAAAUAUAUUAUAUCAUACUCGGUCUAAUCAUCUUUCUGACCUCGAAAUGGAUCUGGAGCACGAGUAUGUUUUGGACCUGUCCUCAGCCUGUAUGGACUGCGAGCAGCCAGAGGAUUCCUGCAGGAGCCUGUUCACUCCCUCCCUGGACCUUCUGGCCCUGGAUGGGGACCUGGAGUCCAAGCUGAGAGGAGGAGAGGGAGAGGAGGAGGGGGUGGACCUGCUGGACCUGGGAGUUGACGAGGUCGCCGGAGAAUCGGAUGUGGAGGACGUUCCGGCAGGGAGCCCGGAAUGUAGCAGGGGAAUACAGGGCCCUUGGGAGGAAGGGGAGGCUGCAGAACUGCAGGGACUCGGAGACGCUGAGACAGGGUUGGGUCAGUCUUCCUCCUCUUCCUCAUCUGAGCAGUUGGAAUCGCAAGCCCCGGACUCGUGCGCUGAGUGGGACGGUCCUGGGACAAAGGCCGGCUUGGAGGAGCCCAUCAUGGAGUACAGCUCCAACGAUGACUUGGACAGCUCGAGUGGGGCCGCCAGCCUCAUCCUGGGGAAUGACCCAGAGUUGGAAUGGACAGAUAGCCCCCUCUCCCAAGGUGGGUGUCCUUCGGGACAGGUGAAGGACCUCCAGAGCUCCGGGCAUGGAGGGGGGGAUACCUCGGGAAACUCCGGCUGUCUUGGGGAAGACAGGGAUUCCGAAUCCGUUCCGGAAGUGGCCUCUUGUGACGGGAACCUGGAGAUGAGCCAGGCUGGGGAUUCUCCAGAUGCAGAGCCUGAACAGCAUCUCCAGGGCCUCCUCGAUGGACAGAGAAGCCUGAACCAAGGAAACGAGCUUAACAAGGAAUGUCUUUCAGAGGAGGACGGAGAGGAACAUCACUGUCCUGAAGAAAUCCCAGGAGAGACCGAGCCUUUGUGCCCUCCCACUGAGCGGCCGCUUGGCGAAGCAGGCGAGACCAUCGAACCGGAGCCUCGCGAGGGGGCCACAGACACCGCAGAAGAUCCCGAGACUCAGAGGACCACAGGACCUGCAGAUGUCUUAGAGACCGCUAGCUCUGCGGGACCUGCCGGCACAGCUGAGACUGCAGAGCCCAUGGGUGCUGAAGGGUCUCUAGGAGUCCCGGAAGGCUCGGACACCAGGGGGGAAACGGAGCUCCCCGAGGGUCUGACUGUUGAGCAGACGCAGAGCAGUGUGGGGGAGCACAGAAACGGGAGCUCAUCCCCCGACAGUGAAGGAGAGGGCGGAGGUCCGGUUGCUCUCUUUGACCCGACGGGGUGUCCUGGGAGCACGGGUUCUGAGCCCCUGGAAGCAGAGGAGACACCUGGCAGCUUGAGCUGUGAGGAAGAGCAGCAGGACACACUGGGAAGUGAGACACAGGCGCCGAGCGCUGAGGGGGAGACCACUGACCUCGGCGCCCCCCAGGUCAACGGGAGCACCGUGAACAGAGAGGAGGCACGCAGACUGGCUGAGCAGCUCUACCGGCUGGAUGGCGUUCGGCGCACAGAUGUGGUCAAACAGCUGGACAAAGACAAUGCAUUCUGCAGUGCUGUAGGGGAGGAGUAUCUGAAGUUCUUCGAUUUCUCGGAGCAGACGCUUGAUGAGGCACUCAGGUCCUUCCUGAAGGUGGUGGUGCUGAUCGGCGAGACGCAGGAGAGAGAGCGAGUACUGGAGCACUUUGCACAACGCUACCACCACUGCAACCCCAGCACCUUCAGCUCCACAGGCGCGGUGCUCACUCUAACAUGCGCCAUCAUGCUGCUGAACACUGAUCUUCACGGACAGAACAUAGGUAAAGUCAUGUCGAUCAACAGUUUUGUGUCCAACCUGGAGAAGAUGAAUGAGGGGCAGAACUUCCCCAAGGAUCUACUGAAGGGUCUGUACAACUCCAUAAAGAAUGAGCCACUGGAGUGGGCAGUCGACGAGGAAGAGCUCAAGAGCUCGCUGUUGCUGCCCGCGGACAGUGGGGAGGACGCCCCGCUGCGCUCGAAGAGCAACCCCUUCCAGGACGUGCCGCACGACAAGAAGGCCACCGUGUUCAAGCAGGGGUUCCUGACGCGCAAGGCGCACGCGGACAUCGACGGGAAGAGGACUCCCUGGGGGAAGAGAAGCUGGAAGACAUUCUAUGCGGUGCUGAAGGGCAUGGUGCUCUACCUGCAGAAGAACGAGUACCACAUGGACUGGCAGAGCUCGGAGGAGGUGGUGAGCGUGCACCACGCGCUGGCGGAGAAGGCUUCAGAGUACACCAAGAGACCACACGUCUUCCGCCUGCAGACUGCGGACUGGAGAGUCUUCCUCUUUCAGGCCAGCACGGCAGAGCAGAUGAGCUCCUGGAUCUGUCGGAUAAAUCUGGUGUCUGCUCUGUACUCCUCGCCCCCUUUCCCUGCAGCCGUGGGCUCCCAGAAGAAGUUCAGCAGACCUAUCCUGCCCGCCACGAAGUCCCGGCACAGUCUGCUAAGCCAGCUGGAUUCUCACACUAAGAUGCUGGAGUCUUUCUCCCGGGAUCUUGCGGACCACCAGCAGAACGCCCCGGAGGGCCGCAAGAGUCGCACCAGAGACCUGGAGGAGCACCGACAGAGAGAGGAGUACCUGCAGCACGAGAAGAGCCGGUACGAGGUGUACCUCCAGCUGCUGCGGGCGUGGCAGGCGCAGGGGACGGACGACCUGGAGCGCUUCGACGGCGAGGUGUGCGAGGCCGUGGAGACGGACGGGGAGGAGCUGAAGAAGUCCCACUCGAGCCCCUCCCUCAACCUGGAGACCCCCGCCCCCGUCGUCAAGGUGAAGCGCAACAUCUCCGAGAGGCGCACCUACCGCAAGAUCAUCAUCCCGCGCCGGAACAAGGAGCUCUGAGGGGGGAGCUCUCCCGGACCCCCGCCGGCAGCUCGUUUUCAGACGGACCUCUCUGAUGGGCCCGUUUCUGUCUUAACGGGCUUCCUCGCCCUCUCCCGAGGCCGGGCCGCGCUUCAGAACCAUGUCUCGCCUUUCCCCGGAUGGCUGCCCCACCCCCACCCCAUCCGUGUGGGAAACCUCUCCCACACUCACCCUCCUGCAUCUUAACGCUGGUUUUGACCCGUGAGAGCCCGCUGUGUUGUUCCGUAAAGACCAGAACGGCCCGGAAACCCGGGGGGCACACUGCCUGCAGGCAGAGCCUGUGGAGAUCGGCCGUGAUCCGCAGUGGGGCGGGCGAAUGAACGUGAAGUACCUGCGAGGAGCGUGUCUCGGGCUGGCCAGGAAACCAAGGUGCAGGCCCAGACGAAGAGUGCCUCACCCUCGAGACUGCCUCCUGCUGCUUUUCAUGAUCUGCAACGGACGCGUCUGGAACGUGGCGAAAGCCGGUGAGCUGGAGGGACGUGCAAGCUCAGCAUGAGGGCCACCAGUGAGCUGUCAGGGCUUUUUCACUCAGGGAGAGGAAGUCGCCUCUUUUGUUUCGAACUCUUGCUCCGUUUGCUUAUUUUGUUUUUAUUUUGGUAAAACUCGUUUCCCGGUUUAAAUUUCCGAGCUCCCCGGUUGCCGGACUGGCAGUGUCCGUUCGCGUCUAGGACGCCGGCGUGCCAGGCAGAAGAAACCAGAUCCGGGUGGUCCUGCGCUGGUGGGGGCAGAGAGGUGGGCCGACCUCGGUGAAGCCCCAGACGCACGGGACACUGACCACAACAUGAGGAGAGCCUCAUCCAUUUCAGUGCAAAGUGCUCUCAAUCUCGGAACCGACACCCAGCACAGCUUCCACAGUCUCAUGAACCCUAGAAAAGAGGGAGCAGAGGGGUGCACCCUCCCCCAGAUAGAGGGCUGAAGCUGUUUAACCAGACUGAUGGGAAUGCAGCCCUAGGCAUCAGGUCCAGCAUCACUGCAAUACCCCUGGUGUCAGAUCUUGACCGGUAUUCUAUCCUACAGAAGUGAGAGUAUUUUCCUCCUGUAGCUGUGAAUCAGCACUGCACCACCCACUGUGGUUCUGCCAUUCAUCUCUCCAGCAGCCAUAUCACCCUGCAGCUCACAGCUCACAGCUGGCAGCCCACUGGAGCUCAGCAGGGUUGAGCCUGGC